UUUUCAACCAAAAAUAAGUACCAUAAACAUUACUACUAUAAUGUAACCUACAUAUCCUCAGCGCACAAUCACACAGACUAAUCUCUCGAGUUAGAUAAGACCAUAAUAUAUGACCAAAUAUUUUGUUUAGAGUUUUAAUCUUUUUUUUUUGAAAGGAGUUUAGAGUUUUAAUCUUAUUGCAGUUCUAUGACUGAAUUCGAAACCAAAACCUAUGAUUACGCGCAUUUUGGAAACAUAACUAGUAUAUAUAAACCAAACCAAAACAUACCAUUCUCCAUCAUUUUUUCAUUUUCACAAUCUUCUCUUAAGAAUGUCAAACAUGCAUUACAUUUUCAGCAUGUUGUUAUUUCUUCUUCUUCUUGUACAAAAUCUGACCACAAUACAUUGUCAUACAAAAGGAAUUCGACCGAUACGUUCUGCUCGAAACGGUUUAUCAACCUACAAUACAACAAGAGCAGACUUAGCAGAACAACAAUUCAUGAAAUGGGUGAGUUUUGUUGGUGGUCUCAAACACACUGUUUACAAGGCUGCAAAAAAUAAGCUAUUUGCUUCUUAUACUUUGCACGUUGAUAAGAAUCCUUCUUUUGGAGAUUUUGAUACAAUUCAAAAUGCCAUUGAUUCUCUUCCUUCCAUCAAUCUUGUUAGAGUUGUCAUCAAGGUUCAUGCAGGAGUUUACACGGAGAAAGUUAACAUUCCUCCUUUAAAAUCCUUCAUAACCAUAGAAGGAGAUGGUGCAGAUACAACAAUUGUUCAAUGGGGUGACACUGCUGCAACACCUGGUCCAAGAGGGAAUCCAUUGGGAACAUAUGGUUCAGCAACUUUUGCAGUUAAUUCACCUUAUUUCAUUGCCAAGAACAUCACAUUCAAAAACACUUUUCCUCUUCCUGCACCUGGAGCAAUUGGAAAACAAGCAGUAGCAUUUAGAAUUUCAGCAGACACAGCAUCAUUCUUAGGGUGUAGAUUUUUGGGAGCACAAGAUACACUUUAUGAUCAUAUUGGUAGACAUUACUAUAAAGAUUGUUACAUUGAAGGUUCUGUUGAUUUCAUAUUUGGCAAUGCUCUUUCUCUAUUUGAGGGAUGUCACGUGCAUGCAAUAGCAAGAAAUACAGGAGCACUAACAGCACAAGGAAGGAGCAGUAUGUUACAAGACACAGGUUUCUCAUUUGUAAACUGUAAGGUCACGGGGUCAGGAGCACUAUACCUUGGAAGAGCUUGGGGUCCUUUUUCACGAGUUGUCUUUGCUUAUACAUAUAUGGACAAUAUCAUCAUUCCUAAAGGGUGGUAUAAUUGGGGUGAUCCUAACCGUGAAAUGACUGUAUUCUAUGGACAAUACAAAUGCACAGGACCUGGAGCAAGUUUUGCAGGGAGAGUAUCAUGGUCAAGAGAACUCACUGAUGAAGAAGCUAGACCUUUUCUUUCACUUACUUUUAUUGAUGGGACUGAAUGGAUCAAUUUUUAGUUUAAUCAUACACAUUGAUUGUUUAUUAAUUUUUCAUAAUAUAGUUUAUUUUCUUGGUGGAA